CGCGCCGGGUCCCUUGUGCCGCGGCUCCCCGCCGCCCGCCCCGGCGCGCACAGCCUGCGUCUGCCCGGACGCCUGCCUUCCACCUGAGCCCUCUCCAGCGGGCGACGCGCUCGGGUAGCCCGUGCCCGCCUCCUCCUUCUCGGUCACCUCUUCCUACCCUGCGUCUCGCUCUCCCUUGGGGCUGCACAGUCCAGGGGCUGCUGGCGUCGGGAAGGAGAUGCCCAGGGUCUCCGAGGCGCACCCUCCUGGCCCGCUCAGCCGCACCCAGCUUUAGAAGGCGCUCUGAGCAGCCGCCGACGGGACACCCUCUCGCCUCAGUACUCGCUGAGACCCCCGACCCCAGCCGUUCUCCGAAGGGGCCGAGCCCCCCCCUUGUCGCGUCCCUCAUGGCCACGCGCCUGCUGCUAGUUCUCUGCUUCGCUCUGGUCGUGGCUCCCGGCUGGGGGUCCGGCCCUGCUCCCACAAGCAUGAGCGAGCCCCCAGAGAUGCAGACGGUGCCGCCCACGGAGGAUGAGACUCUGCAAAACGAGGCUGACAACCAGGAGAACGUUUUAUCUCAGUUGCUGGGGGACUAUGACAAGGUCAAGGCUGUGUCUGAGGGCUCGGACUGUCAGUGUAAGUGUGUGGUGAGACCCCUGAGCCGAGAUGCCUGCCAAAGGAUCAACGCAGGGGCCUCCAGGAAAGAAGACUUCUACACCGUGGAGACCAUCACCUCAGGCUCAUCCUGCAAGUGUGCCUGUGUCGCGCCCCCAUCUGCCCUCAAUCCCUGUGAGGGAGACUUCAGGCUCCAGAAACUGCGGGAGGCAGACAGCAAGAACUUGAAGCUCUCCACAAUCAUAGACAUGUUGGAAGGAGCUUUCUAUGGCCUGGAUCUCCUGAAGCUACAUUCAGUCACCACCAAACUGGUGGGGCGAGUGGAUAAACUGGAGGAGGAAGUUUCUAAAAACCUCACCAAGGAAAACGAGCAAAUCAAAGAAGACAUGGAGGAAAUUCGAACUGAGAUGAACAAGCGAGGCAAAGAGAACUGCUCCAGUGACAUCCUAGAUGGCAUGCCAGACAUCCGCUCGGCCCUGCAGAGGGAUGCGGCGGCAGCCUACGCCCACCCAGAGUAUGAAGAGCGGUUUCUGCAGGAAGAAACCGUGUCCCAGCGGAUCAACUCCAUCGAGCUCCUGCAGACACGACCCCUGGCUCCGCCCGAGGUGGUGAAGCCACAGCGGCCCCUGCAGAGGCAGGUACACCUGAGGGGCCGGCCAGCCUCCAAGCCCACCAUCAUCCGGGGCAUCACCUACUAUAAAGCCAAAGUCCCUGAGGAAGAGAAUGACAUGGAAGAGCAGCAAGACGAGUUUUUCAGUGGUGACAAUGGAGUGGAUUUGCUGAUUGAAGAUCAGCUCCUGAGACACAAUGACCUGCUGAUGAGUGCCACACGGAGGCCAGCAGACACUCGUCAUGGCACUGCUGUGACAACUGACCCGAGCACUCAGACCGCACCUUUCUCCUCAGCACUGCCGCAGGCCUCCUCCACAGCUCCCGGCGUCACUGACCCUGCUCUCUAUACCUCAGCUGGACAGCUCUCAACAGCAUUCCAAACCACCACAGUGCUUCCAGAUCCCCCAGGGGAUACGGUCCUUCAACCUUCUACUCAGAUACCAGCCACCACUGUGGCCCACACAGCUACCCAGCACCCUCUGGCCUCAGCCUCUGAAGCAGUGACUCCUGGGGAUGCAUUUGUGGAAACUACACACCAGGCCCCAGCACCGCCCACCACAGUCAGGACAGACUCACUGGGGAAAGACGCUACUGCUGGGCAGGGUACAACCCCUGCCAGCCCCACCCUGAGCCCUGAAGAGGAAGAUGACAUCAGGAAUGUCAUAGGAAGAUGCAAGGACACCCUUUCCACAAUCACAGGCCCGACCACCCAGAACACAUACGGGCGGAACGAGGGGGCCUGGAUGAAGGACCCCCUGGCCAAGGACGAGAGGAUUUACGUAACCAACUACUACUACGGCAACACCCUGGUAGAGUUCCGGAACCUGGAGAACUUCAAACAAGGUCGCUGGAGCAAUUCCUACAAGCUCCCGUACAGCUGGAUCGGCACGGGCCACGUGGUGUACGAUGGCGCCUUCUACUACAACCGGGCCUUCACCCGCAACAUCAUCAAGUAUGACCUGAAGCAGCGCUAUGUGGCUGCCUGGGCCAUGCUGCACGACGUGGCCUAUGAGGAGGCCACCCCCUGGAGGUGGCAGGGCCACUCGGACGUGGACUUUGCUGUGGAUGAGAAUGGCCUGUGGCUCAUCUACCCGGCCCUGGACGACGAGGGCUUCAGCCAGGAGGUCAUCGUCCUGAGCAAGCUCAAUGCCGUGGACCUGAGCACACAGAAGGAGACCACGUGGCGCACAGGGCUGCGGCGAAACUUCUACGGCAAUUGCUUCGUCAUCUGCGGGGUGCUGUACGCAGUGGACAGCUACAACCAGCGGAACGCCAACAUCUCCUAUGCCUUCGACACCCACACCAACACGCAGAUCAUCCCCAGGCUGCUGUUUGAGAAUGAAUAUUCCUAUACUACCCAGAUAGACUAUAACCCCAAGGACCGCCUGCUCUACGCCUGGGACAAUGGCCACCAGGUCACCUAUCAUGUCAUCUUUGCCUACUGACACCCUUGUCUCUGCAAACAGAAGCACAGAGGGGCCACUAGCACCUUGCGUGUGCGUGUAUAUGUGUGCGUGUGUGCGCGUGUGUGUAGGUGGGUGUGUGUUAUUAAAAAAUAUAUAUUAUUUUGUAUAAUAUUACAAAUGUAAGAUGACAAUUUGGGUCUAUUUUUUUUAUGUGGAUUGUAGAUCAAUCCAUACACGUAUGUGCUGGUCUCAUCCUCCAUGGUUUGUAUUUUUGUGCAAAUGAACUUCUCCUUUUGACCAGUAACCACCUUCCUUCAAGCCCUCACCCCUCCGGCUCCCAGAUCUCGACUCUUGAAAAGGUUUCUUCCUCGGGGUCUUGCAGGCCGACAACUCUGGGAACAGGAGUGAAGGAGGCAAGAAAGAAGUAAGUGGCCGGAAAAAAGUUUUAUGUCUUGGAGAAGUUUUAAAAAACCAGAAAAAUGUUUUAAAAGAAAUAAAAACUAAAAAGUUUAAGAUCA